AUGACACAACAAGACCAGGGUAAGAAGGAGAACCCCAUGUGGGAGCUGCGCAUCCGCAAGCUCUGUCUGAAUAUCUGCAUUGGGAAGAGUGGAGACAGGCUCACCUGGGCAGCCAAAGUGCUGGAACAGCUCACAGGACAGACUCCUGUUUUCUCUAAAGCUCGAUGCACUGUCCACUCCUUUUGGAUCAGGAGAAAUGAAAAGAUUGUCAUUCACUGCACUGUAUAUGGGGCAAAAGCUGACGAGAUCUUGGACAAAGGCUUGAAGGUGCGAGAAUACAAGCUAAGGAAGAAUAACUUCUCUGGCGCAUGCAACUUUGGCUUUGGAAUCCAGGAACACAUUGAUUUGGGCAUAAAAUACGAUCCCAUUAUUGGUAUCUACGGAUUGGACUUCUAUGUGGUUCUGGGCAGGCCCGGUUUUAGCAUUGCUGACAAGAAGGGCUAAACUGGCAGCAUUGGG